AUGGCUACCCCUAGUGUCCUCGCUUUUGACGCCGAGGGUCGAGCCAUUGACUUUGACGUCUGGGUAGAUGACCUGCAGCUGUUCUUACAGUGCGAUAGGGCAGACGGUCUCUCCCUCUUUGACCUCACCUCUGGUGCCUCUCCUGCUCCUGCUGCUGAUGCUGACGCCACUGUUCGCUCACAGUGGGCCACGCCCGAUGCUGCUGCACGUCUUGCUGUGCGUCGCCACCUCCCUACCUCUGAGCGUGCGCACUUUAGUCAGUACAAGAGUGCUCAGACCUUGUACGACGCUGUAGUUGCACGCUACUCCUCCCCUGCCACUGCUGCACUGAGCCGUCUCAUGCUACCGUACCUCUUCCGUGACCUUGCUGCCUUUCCCACAGUCGCUGACCUCAUCACGCACCUCCGCACUAGUGACACUCGCUACCGCGCUGCGCUUCCUGCUGACUUCUGUGCCAAGAACCCCCCCCCCCAUGUACAUCACUCUCUACUACAAGUCCCUCCUAGCGGCCGAGAAGAGCAUAGUCGCUGUAUGGGGCCUCUUGUGGUGACCCGCGCACCCCCAUCUUUGAGGGGUGUUCCCCCUCCCCCCUUCUGCCCUCUGCUGCCUCUGCUGCUGCGGCCGACCUCCUUGGUCUUGAGUCAGUCGGUGCGGCGUCUGCCCCUAGCGGGAGACGCCGCUCUGGCAAAGGCAAGGGGGGCAGGGGCACUGGAGGAGCGAGCGGGGACGGUGGAGGUGGAGGUGGAGGCGGCGGGGGGAGUGGGGGUGGCCGUGGGAGUGGAGGUGGGGGUGGAGGUGUCGGUGGCGGCAGUGGAGGCGGAGGCGGCGGCGGCGGUGGCGGUGGGAGCGGAGGUGGCGGAGGUGGCGGCGGUGGAGGAGGCGGCGGAGGCGGCGGUAGUAGCGGAGGCGGCGGAGGCGGCGGAGGCGGUGGGGGUGGCGGUGGAGCUGGUCGCGGGUCUACGCAGAGGAGUGGCUACGGUGGUGGUCCGCGCCAUAGCAGCAGCGCGGGUAGUGAGACCCUGUCCCCUCAGCAGCUCCUGUGGGGGUGCGCACCCCACCCAGCGCUGCUUUGGCCGCCUGACGGACGCGUGGCGUCACCAGUUACCGGAGGCCACAGAGAUCCCUCGCUGGGGCGAGCUGUCUAGGGCGGGAGUUGCCAUCUAUGAUCUUCAUUUUGAUGCUAUCCUUUCUGCCAUGUAUGCAGUGUCUAUUAGUGAUGAGGGUGACUGUUACCGGUGUCUCCCGCCUGACCCGGGCAUUGAGACUGCUGCUCUAGGUACUGGUGAGGCUGCUGCUCUAGGUGCCAGUGAGGCUGCUGCUCUAGGUGCCAGUGCGUAUGCGUCCUCAGGUGCUGUUGAGUCUGCGCUCGCAGGUACCGCGUCGGCUUCGGCCUCCCUCACCUUCACACUUGACUCAAAGACUUCUCGCUCCUUCUUUCGAGACCGCACCACACUCACGCCGCUUGGUCGGCCGUCUGGUCUUUACCUCCCUUCGUUCUCUACGAACUUGGUGAGUGGUGUUGACCUACAGGAUGCGGGGGUUCACCAGUUUACUCCUGCGAGUCAGCGGGUGACCCACUGCUCGGACGCUCGCACGGGCCGGCACCUGGCCACGUUUACGCGUCCGCCGGGGUCGAGCCUGUACACCCUGACCACUGAGUCUCCUCCUGUCCCUGCGUCUGGUCAGGUAGCUGCGUCGGGUCAGGUGUUUGCUGCAGCGUCCAGGUCUGGUCCUGAGUCUGCCCCCUGCUCGUGUCGCCUCCUGUCUCACGAGACUCUUCUCUGGCACCACCGCCUUGGUCACCCCUCCCUGCCUCGUCUCCGAGGCAUGGCCUCCCGUGUCCUUGUCUCUGGUCUUCCCCGGUCCCUCCCUCCCCUUCCUCCGGGGCCUGGCCCCACCUGCGUCCCCUGUGUCGAGGGGCGGCUGCGGGCUGCCCCUCACUUCUCUCAGUUUCCCCCGAAAGAGGCCCCGCUGCAGACGCUUCACAUGGACGUGUGGGGCCCGGCCCGCGUCCGUGGACAGGGUCACGAGCGCUACUUCCUGCUGGUGGUUGACGACUACUCGCGUUACACCACAGUCUUCCCCUUGCGCAGCAAGGGUGAUGUCACUGAGGUGUUGAUCGACUGGAUCUGCGCAGCUCGUCUCCAGCUCAGGAGGAGCUUCGGCUCGGACUUUCCUGUUCUGCGUCUGCACUCUGACCGAGGCGGAGAGUUCUCCUCUGGCCUUCUGCGAGCCUACUGUCGUGCGCGAGGCAUCCGCCAGACCUUUACGCUUCCGGACUCUCCACAGCAAAAUGGGAUUGCUGAGCGCCGCAUUGGCAUGGUCAUGGACGUCGCCCGUACGUCCAUGAUGCAUGCGGCUGCCCCCCAUUUUCUGUGGCCAUUUGCGGUUCGGUACGCGGCGCAUCAGAUCAACCUUCACCUCAGGUUCUACCACCCCACCUCUCGUCGUGUUCUGUCCUCCCAGGACGUCACGUUUGACGAGUCGGUCCCCUACUACCGCCUCUUCCCCUACCGCACUCCGUCCCUCCCCCCGCCACCGCUCUUCCUUGUGCCAGGUCCCCCCCCAGUAGACCCCCUCCCCCCUUAG